CACCGCAUGCGCUCCUGGCUCGGCUCGGCUGCCCCUGGAGAAACAGUUCCAUCGUUUUCUUGCUUUUCUCACCAAUUGGAACACUUUCUUUUUUUUUUCUUUUUCUUACAAAAGCAAACCAAAGCCUUUCACUGUCCAAAAUUCUGUCUUUUUUUUAACUUUAUUUUCUCUUUGACAUUCCCGGAACUUCGAUUUUGUGUCCUUUAAUGUCAAGCAAGAAUUUUCACUAAUCCAAAAAAGCAAAAAAACCACAGUAAAAAAAUUUUAAUAUGACGAGUAGAUUAAGGGAAAGAGACAGAACUUCUAGCCAAGCCAAACGAUACAAUCAUCAUCAAGAAGCUAUAACGAAGACGGCCGUGGAAGCAGCGGCGGCGGCGGUGGCGAUGCCUAAUAAUUUUACUGAAACGAUACCGUGUCCAUUCGGGGAGUUGGCGACGAAUUUAUCAGAUGCGGAGCUCCGAGAGACAGCUUAUGAGAUUCUGGUCGGAGCUUGUCGGAGUUCUGGUGGGAAACCAUUGACUUACAUAUCGCAGUCGGAGAGGAAUUCGGAAAGGGCGGCGACGCCGACGUUGACGUCGACAGCGUCGUCGUUGCAGAAGUCGUUGACGUCGACGGCGGCGAGUAAGGUGAAGAAGGCUUUAGGAUUGAAAUCGUCUCGGAGGAGGAAAGUGAGUGGUGAGUCGGACUCGGAACGAGCAAAAAAGGCGGUUACAAUUGGGGAGUUGUUGAGGGUUCAGAUGGGAGUUUCAGAGCAAACAGAUUCCAGGGUCAGGAGAGCUCUCUUGAGAGUUGCUGCCGCUCAGCUUGGUAGACGGAUAGAGUCAAUGGUGUUGCCACUUGAGAUGUUGCAGAAACUCAAGCCUUCGGAUUUUCCGAAUCAAGGAGAGUAUGAAGCUUGGCAGAGGAGAAAUCUGAAGCUUCUUGAAGCUGGACUCCUUUUGCAUCCUCUCUUGCCCCUAGAUAAGACCAAUACUGCUCCACAGCGACUACGACAAAUCAUUCGUGGGGCAUUGGAGAAGCCCUUGGAGACUGGAAAAAACAAUGAAUCGAUGCAAGCCCUCCGGAGCAUUGUUUUGUCUCUUGCUUGUAGAACCUUUGAUGGGUCUGUUUCUGAGACCAGCCACUGGGCAGAUGGAUUCCCAUUGAAUCUCAGAAUUUACCAAAUGCUGUUAGAAGCUUGUUUUGAUGUUGAUGAUGAAACAUCUGUUAUUGAAGAGGUCGAUGAGGUUCUAGAACUCAUAAAAAAGACAUGGGUCGUCUUCGGAAUGAACCAGAUGCUGCAUAAUCUUUGUUUCUUGUGGAUAUUGUUUAACCGAUAUGUGGCAAUUGGUCAAGUGGAAGGUGAUCUGUUGUUUGCUGCCAAUAAUCUGUUGAUGGAAGUUGAAAAGGAUGCAAAGUCAAUGAAAGAUCCAGAUUAUUCAAAGAUACUAAGUUCUACUUUGAGUGCAAUUUUAGGUUGGUCUGAGAAAAGGCUUCUUGCCUACCACAAUUAUUUUCAUAGUGACAACACUGAGUCAAUGGAAUAUGUUAUUUCUAUGGGGGUUCUAUCAGCAAAGAUUAUGGCAGAAGAUAUCUCACAUGAGUAUCAUAGGACAAGAAAGGAAAUUGAUGUGGCUCAUGAGAGAGUUGAUACCUACAUAAGAUCAUCACUGCGCACUGCUUUUGUUCAGAUAAAGGAGAAAGUGAAGUCUAGCAAACGUUCAACUAAGAACCAACAAAAUCAGCUUCCUUUCUUAUCCAUUCUUGCACUGGAUGUCACUACAAUGGCUUUUACUGAGAAGGCAAUAUUUAGUCCAAUAUUGAAGAGGUGGCAUCCUCUUGCAGCCGGUGUAGCUGUAGCCACGCUUCAUUCCUGCUAUGGGAAUGAGCUGAAGCAAUUUGUUUCUGGCAUUGGUGAAUUGACACCAGAUAUAUUACAAGUUCUGAGAGCUGCUGACAAAUUGGAGAAAGAUCUGGUGCAAAUUGCAGUUGAAAAUUCAGUGGACAGUGAGGAUGGUGGAAAGUCAAUCAUAAGGGAGAUGCCUCCUUAUGAGGCUGAAUCUGUAAUUUCCAAUCUGGUGAAAUCAUGGAUAAAGACAAGAUUAGACAGACUGAAGGAAUGGGUUGACAGGAAUCUGCAACAAGAGGUAUGGGACCCACGAGCGAAUAAAGAGCACUUUGCUCCCUCUGCUGCUGAAGUUUUGCGAAUUGUAGAUGAAGCUUUAGAAGCAUUCUUUUUGUUACCAAUAUCUAUGCAUGCUGCGUUGCUUCCUGAGUUAACCACCGGUAUUGACAGAUGUCUUCAACAUUAUAUAUCAAAGGCAAAGUCUGGCUGUGGGACCCGAAGUACUUUUGUUCCCUCAAUGCCUGCUUUGACUAGAUGUUCAACACGCUCAAAAUUUCCUGGUGUAUUUAAGAAAAAAGAAAAGUUUCAAAUAGCACAGAGUAGGAAAUCUCAGGUUGGGACUACAAAUGGAAAUGGCUCCUUUGGAAUACACCAGCUGUGUUGUCAUAUUAAUACUCUGCAGCAUAUUCGAAUGGAGUUGGAUGCGUUGGGAAAAAGGACAAUUGCCCAUCUUAGAAAUUCUGAAUCCACUCAUGUGGACAAUAUUGCCAGUGGGAUGGGUAAAGCAUUUCAACUUUCAGCUGCUGCUUGUGUGGAAGGGAUCCAACAACUCAGUGAGGCAACUGCAUAUAAGGUCAUCUUCCAUGAUCUAAGUCAUGUCCUUUGGGAUGGCUUAUAUAUUGGGGAAGUUUCGUCCUCUAGGAUUGAACCUUUUCUUCAGGAGCUUGAGCACUAUUUGGAGGUUAUUUCAUUAACCGUGCAUGACAGAGUCAGAACACGAGUUAUUACUGAAGUAAUGAAAGCUUCUUUUGAUGGUCUUCUGCUGGUUUUACUUGCUGGAGGUCCUGCUCGUGCUUUUGGUCUGCAAGAUUAUGAAACAAUAGCAGAGGAUUUUAAGUUCUUGACUGAUUUAUUUUGGUCCAAUGGUGAUGGACUUCCUGCUGAUUUAAUAGAAAAGUUUUCAACCACGGCUAAAGCCAUCCUCCCAUUAUUUCAUACUGAUACCGACAACCUGAUUGAACAAUUCAAAUACAUGACUCUAGAGAGUUAUGGUUCUUCUGCUAAAUCCAAGCUUUCAUUGCCUCCAACUUCCUGUCAGUGGAGUCCAACUGAACCAAACACACUCUUGCGAGUUUUGUGUUAUCGGAAUGAUGAGACGGCAGCUAAGUUCCUUAAGAAGACUUACAACUUGCCAAAGAAACUCUAACAAAAUUUCUGGAGAAAGAACAGUCAAAUGAUGCAAUUAUUAGGUAUAAACUACUUGAGGUGAUUCAUGUAGCUUUCCAAAUUUGUCAAGUCAUAGGUAUUACAGCCUCGCUAAAAUUCAUAUGGUGGAGACGUUUGCUAGAGAAAUUAUAGCUCCUAGGAAAAUAUGGCUCCUGUAUAGUAAUUUUCUUGACUGGAUUCUAUUUGUUUGAGACCUUAACCUGGUGCGGGGAACCUCAUAAGAAUAAUGGCAACAGUUAAAGCACUUCCAAGAGAUUAUAAUUCUGACUUGUGGGAAGGGUGAGGAUGAUGGGAUUUUUAACAUGAUUACCAUCUGCUGCACAUGGAGUUGGAGAUGAAACAUUAGAAGGCAUUUGAUGAAAAAGCAGUGUGAGGUUCUUGGCCAUUCUUUAUAUAUAUAUAUAUAUUCUUUUUCUGACCAUUUGUAACAUUAUUCCUCGACAAGUGAAAACCAAAAUUGCAAGAUACAACUAUAGAAAGGUCUGAUAUCUUAUUGAGAAAAUUUGAAAAGUUUUUGUUCUGCUUCAAUGAAUUGGCAUUGUGUUUGUCUGUUGUUUAACAGCCUUUGUUUAGAAAAUUGUGUUGCUUGUUAAAUGAAAUGAAUUUUUGGCUAUUGUGAACAGAUCCUUCUUAUUAACAUCUUUCCAGGCUAAUAAAUGGAUCACACGAAUGUUAAGGAAUUUUUUUUUCCUUUUUUUUUUGGCAUAGACAAACGUCUGAAUCACGAAGGUAUAUGUUGAUGGAGAUUUAUGAUCAUUUUGAAUAGACGUUGAUAUUGAUUUUAAUGAAAAAUGAUAUUAAUUUCGAUGAAAUUAAA